CUCACGUCUCCGAACGUCUGUUGCUCUGUCGAUCGUACGGACGGACGGAAUGGAGCUCGCCGAAGCGUUCGUCAACGGCAUCGCAACGGCCGCCGAUCCACGCAAGCUUGGCGACGCGGGCUACGCCAAACUGCUCGACAAAGUCUUCGCAGUCGUUACUGCCGACGCCGAGUCGGGCGCUGAAGGUGAGGACGACGAGUCGACAGCAGACGACGCCUUCAAAGAUGGCGGCGCCGGCCUGAUAGCGUUGGUGCUCGAAAGUGCUCGCUUCAACCUGGACGAUUCGCAGUUCGCGUUGCGACUCGAGGAGUACGGGAUGACGGGAGCCCGCGCGGACGCCCUGACCCGCAGGUAUGCCGCCAACAGGCAGCUCGUGCGCCUAGAGUUGAGUCGCAUCGGGCGCCGGCCGCCUCACGUCGUCGGAGUUGACUGGAGCGUCGACUAUCGCGUCAAGAGCAACCACCUAGAGCGCAUCGGGGAGCCCGCGUUCCACGUGGAACUGAAGACGACUUCGUCCGAGGGUCCAGUCCACUUCUCGUGCAACAUGGCGCAGAUGCAAGACCUCGUGCACAGUCUUCGAGACGCGGCGAAGUGCGUUGAAAACAAGGCGCAGGGGGGCGGUUCCUGAAAAGUUCUAAAACGCCCUGGUCUUUGUAAAUACUCGUUGUAAAUAAAACCGUUUGUCUAGAUAA